GGUAAGACGUCAUCUUGUUUGCUAAUAUUGCGUGACGAUUUUAUAGUUAUGUAAGAAUCUCACUUCUUUCUCUAACGUCGCCAUUUGCUGUUCGAAAAGGAAAUCCAGAAAACGCUUUUACAUGUGAUUUUUUUCUGUUGAAAAUGGUACAGGAAUCUGAAGAAGAAAAGGAGAUUUAUAGGAAGGGUUAUUAUGGUUUUCUAAUGUGUAUUAUUGGUCCUAUUACAUUUUUCUACUUUCCAUGGUUUAUGGAAUUCAUCAUUCAGCAGAACAUGAGGUUAAAUGAAGGAAGCUUUAUAGCAGACUAUUGGGCAAAGCCUCCAGCGGGAGCUUACGCCUAUAUUUAUGUGUUUAAUGUAACUAACCCAAGGGACGUUAUAAACGGAAAACCUCCGGUUCUCAGCGAAGUAGGACCUUUCAUUUUGAGGACCGAGAUGACGAAAAACAUUACUCGUUGGAAUAUUGACGAAGGAACUGUUGAAUUCAAAGGAAGCAUGAAGUUUUUUACAGAAGAUGAAAUGUCUGAUAAAUCAGGAGAACAGGAGAUUUUUAUUCUGAAUCUUGCUGCUUUAGGUGUAGCAACCAUAAUGAAAGAAAGAAAUUUGCUUUUAAUUGGCUCCUUCAUUUAUAAUAUGCUAAUGAGUCAAGAACGUUUGAUACUGAGAACUACAGCCAAACAAUUUUUGAUAGAUGGACUCCCUGUCAGAUUUUUGAACUCCUUAUCGGGAAUAUUAGGAUUUAUUAAAGGCCUAUUCGGAAAUAUUUUAAAAAAUGGAGCUAUAAAUAUAUUUUACAUGUUAAACAACAGUUCACCCGAAUUGAAUGUUGUUGCCACAGGACACAAAACAAAUCGAUCGAUGGGUGAGAUAAUCAAGUUUAAAGGAAAACCCACAUUGAAUACUUGGGGUAAUGAAUAUUGCGAUAGGAUUAAUGGGUCUGAGGGUGUAACAUUCCGAUAUCCCAUCAGGAGGAAAAUCCAAUACUUUUUUUUAGGACCGUUUUGCAGAUCUAUGAGAUUGGAUUAUAUGGGAAAUGAUGAUAUAUACGGCAUUCCAACCAAAAAAUUCUAUAUGGAUUCUAUGUUUAUCAGCCCUCACUACAUCAGAGCAAACAAGUGCUUCUGCCCGGAUAACGAAUAUUGCCGAUAUAACGGAACUCUCCCCUUAGGGAAAUGCAUGUUUGGAUUACCUAUAACUUAUUCUAAACCCCACUUUUAUGGCGCUGAUCCAAUUUUUCACGAAAUGAUUAAAGGAUUAAAACCAGAUGCUGAUAAACAUCAGUCUUAUUUUCAUAUUAAUACGAUGUUAGCCGUGCCCCUCCAAGUCAGAGUCUGUAUUCAGAUCAAUUUGAAUGUCAAAACUUCUCGUAAUCUACGGUUGGUAGCGAAUUUGAGAGAC